AUGGCCGCGACAGCCGCAGAAUCAACACCGUUAAUAGAAGCGUUCCACCAAGCCCUCCUCAGCAGAUACCACAACCCCUGCUCAUAUGUGUCGAAUCCUCCAGAGUGUAAGAGACGUGCCUCAGUAGCUGUCAUAUUUCGAGUUCGACCCGAAUACCAUCACCUGCCACAAUCGCCCGCUAUUGUGACCGAUAAAUCUGCUUCCGCAUCUCAGCAAUUGGAGGAGUUCUUUGCCCAGGACUGGGUGCAACACGGCGAUCCAGAACUGUUGUUUAUCAAAAGAGCUUCAAGAGUCGGUGACCGGUGGACCGGUCAUGUCGCGCUCCCUGGCGGAAAGCGAGACCCGGAGGAUGCGGAUGACAAGGCAACGGCAGUCAGAGAAGCCUGGGAGGAGAUUGGCUUGGAUCUGACUACAGAGAACCUGAUUUUUGUCGGCAACCUACCCGAGCGAGUGGUGACGACUUCAUUUGGCAGCGUUCCCACGGCCAGUUUGAUGGUGCUUUGUCCGUUUAUCUUCCUUCUAACUUCGAGUAAUACACCAGCGCUCACGCUUCAGCCAACCGAGGUGGCUUCAACUCAUUGGGUUUCAUUAAGAGCUUUGUUGUCGCCAUCCAUGCGCUCCGUUGAACACGUUAAUGUCUCAGAUCGCUACGCCAAACAAAACAUGUUGAUCAGAUUGGGCGGAUCGCGCUGGAUGACCGGAAUGAUGGAAUUCUCAGCUCUGAGUCUGCUUCCCACGGAGAGCUUGUACUGCAGUUCUGUGCCCGGUUUUCUACCGGAAUCUUCUACUCAUCAAAAAACGAUUUUUCAACGAUUGAACCCCUGGGCAGCCCGCGGAAGACAGCAACUAGGCCCUUAUGGAGACAAAAGUCGACAAUUGCUGCUCUGGGGUCUGACGUUGGGUAUCAUGGCCGAUUUCUUGGAUAUGCUCCCGCCUUACAACGCGGUAGAGCUUUGGCGACCCCCGACAUUCACUGCACCUGACCUGCGCAUCCUCGUGUCUCUUUUCACGUAUUCUAUCCGCAAGAGGAAUGAAACAAAGGUCAAGGCGGCGAGACGACCUAGUCAAACUGCGGUGGACGACUCGACGAUGGCGCUGUCUGUCGACGAGCAUGCCAGUCGUGAUCAUGUUAGUCAUCGUGGUGAUUCAGCAGAUGACGGUCAUCAAUAUGCAACUGCCAUCUUAUUACAGGGCUACUAUGACCGCUUGAGACUGUCGAUAGCAGUAUUUACGGCGUGGAGGCUGGCGCUGGGGUCAGCUGGAGUAUAUUAUGCGUGGAAGAUGCUCCGACGGCGUUGA